GAAAGUUUCAUGUUCCAUGUGCUCAGUCUCAAUUUCAAUAAGACGCCCUAAAACGUUUUAUGAACACGUUAAGUUCAGCCAUGGUAAAUCGGCAGGUUUUCAUGUUGUUUGUAAACAUCCAGGUUGCGACGGUGUGUACCAUUUAUUCGCGUCAUUUAAAAGGCACUGGAACAAAUGCCAUCCAGAAACUUCGACAGUUAGACAAAAUGCUGCUGCUGUUCAAACCAUUAAUGACAAGGCUAGUGAUCCCGCGUCCAUUGAAGAUGUGGUUGUUGCUAGUAGUAACACAACUGAUGACGUCAGGGCUGGUCUUGAACAAUCAUCAGCUGAAGAUAGGCAUGAUUUUGAUCACGAACAACAACCUUAACAUUCUGGCCAGCAAAAUUUGGUUCCUGCUCAUCGUGAAAUUGAAUCCCUCCUUUUCACUCCUGGUGCUGCGUUUAGUGAAUUUGAAUGGGAGGCUGGCUUGCUACUUAUAUUGCGACAAAGAUAUUUCCUGGCCUACGAGGCCCUGCUCUUUGUGUCUGAGUCCAUCCAUGAGCAUUAUUCAAGAAAUAUGGCCAUCGUUCAGGAAAAACUUGCUGCCCUAUUAUCUACUGAAGUAACUGGUAGUACCAAGUUUAAAGCAGCUUUCCUGCGAAUCAACCAAGAAGAGCAGCUCACUCGUCAUCGACUAGAGAAAAUUUGGACAAACUUCUUUCCUACUAUUAUGCCAAAGUCGGUCAUUCUCAAUCAAGAUGAGCCUUUGUAUGAAUGGAUAAAAGAUGAGAAACUUUUUUGAACGAGGUCUUCAAGACAGGGUAUGUAGUACCCUUUUUU